CUUAAGUGUCGAGGUGAAAGUGCGCCAUUUUGGCUCAAACAAAGUCAGAAACAUUUUGUCUUUGAUAAAGUAUCUUAAAUUGUAUCUAUACAAUACGAUUUAAAAGUCUGCAAGACAACACUCCGGUCUCAACGAGUUAAACUUUAAUGCUAGUGUACUUUUUCUUGCUAUUACACCGCGUAUGUAGUUAUAAAUAAUGAUUCAAAUCCUCCUGAGCUGAGCGUCACUGCCAGCCAAGCUAUCCUGACGUUUGCACAAGUUAAAUUUAGCUAGCUUUGCAGUUUGUUUUAAGUACCGCAAUGGGUGGCUGCUCCGCUCCGAACUGCUCCAAUUCAACCAGCACAGGCAAACAGCUGUUCAGGUUCCCCAAAGACCCUUCCCGAAAGAAGAAGUGGGUGGUGAACUCUCGACGUGACUUUGAACCAACUCCUCACUCGAGACUGUGUCAGGACCAUUUUGAAGAGAGCCAGUUUGAGGAGAUAGCGAGGUCUUCAGCUGGAGGAAAGAAGCUGAAGCCCAAUGCCAUCCCCACUCUGUUCAGUAUCGGAGAGCCUCCAUACCCUGCUGUCACCACCUCCUACAUCUUGCUGCCCAUGAAAGCGGAGCCAGUGGAGAAGGAGCUGACUUUCGGGGACCAUGGCUAUGCUAGACGCAACCCUUUGCCUGGCAUGGAGGAAGAGGAUGCAGACAGGACUGCUGAGGACCAGCAACCCUGCACACAGUGUCAACUCCUCAAGAAACAGCUGGAGCAGGAGAUGCAGCACACAGCGAGGCUACAGAAGGAGGCAGAGGAGAUGAAGAAGCGUCUGUAUCGGCUCGACCGCAUUGAGAAGGGUCUCCAUAACUUUCUGUACGAGGACCAGAUUCGAGCACUGUCCCUCACCAAACGCUCCCGCCGUGCCGUCUGGUCACCGGAGACCAUCCUGAAGGCACAAAAGAUCCGCCGUGCAGUUGGCACAAAGGGCUACGAGUACUUGAGAGAGAUGGGAUACCCUCUGCCCUCCUAUCGGACUCUGUGUAACCGCCUGGAGACUAAGAUUAUGGUGACAACUGACAUGAGCUGUGAGAUGCUGGCAGAGCUGGGCCUGGGGAUCAUGGCCCCCUGCGACAGUCCGUCAGAAGGUGUUGGGGACAAUGACGAGGAGGAACUGAUUGGUGUUUUGUCUUGAUCGUGGCAGUUUUCAUCCGUCAAACCAAGCAAAGAAUGUGCAGAAGUUUGCUGUGUUGCAUAUCUGCCGAUGUGACUUCAAGCAGCAGAAGAUGGCCACAUUAUGCUUCUCGUCUCAUUUAUGAACGACUGAAGCCUCGAUAUAAAUGUACACAAAGCUGAUUAAUUUGAUUGUCACCUGGUUGUGCUUGUGAUCUGCACCAAUGAGACAUGGCUUUGCUCAACCGAGGUGAGAUGCUGAAGCUUGCAGUUAGCCCAGGUUUGUGCUUAUGAUGUUUCUUACUCGGAGUUUGCUGAGCUGCAGUAUGUGCUGUCACAUGUGAAAGAUGUAGGGUGCAGUCAGUGUGAAAAGCGUAGAGUCAGUUUGCACGUGGCCUGUUGAGUUUGAUGCUUGUGUCUACAACUGGUUUAACGUUCCACUGAGGGUGUUUACAUGCACAAUAAAACCCUGGUUGUAUUCAGGACACUUAAAUGUACUCAGAGCAGAUAUUGUGAGGACUACAGUAGCAUGUAAUUAUCACACUAUAAACCAUUUCCUCUAAAUCAUCCAAGCUUUUAUUUUGUGUUAUAAUUCACCCAAAAAUAUUUAUCACUUGUUGCUGUGUGAAGCAAUAGCACACAACUGGGACAAAAGAGUCUUGGUGAAAUCAGAAGGGUUUGGUCUCCAACUGUGUUGCCGAAAUUCAUGUAUAGUACUGUUUUGAUCACAUCACAUUCGCAAAACUGAAACCUUUGCUGUUUUUUUUUCCAGAGCAUUACAAAAUCUUCUAUCAGUAACAAAUUAUAGAAUUUAUUAGGAGCACACCCUUAGAGCCGUAUGUCAUCAGUAUGAAUAUAAAAGCAAAUCCUCCUCUGUUAAAUAACUGCUGGCACUGUAAAUCUACAGUAGGUAGAUUGUAAAUUUAGUUGGACAGGUCUCUUUCUUGAGGUGGUCCGAUCUGUAUUCACAACAAAGGGUAUCAAAAAAAGAGCUCAGGCUAGUCACAGUAAGUCAUGUGACAUUCAGUGUCCAACACAUUGCUCUGUGAGAAAAUAAAGUUAUUGUGAAGAAUUA